GACAUGUGUAUUAAAUUUAAAUUCACGUGUAAUGCAAAAAGUUGAUAAAUAGUUAUCUUUUUAGAUAACAUCCGCUUUAGUAUCAAUAUCAACCAGUGUCACGGUCUCCGUAUUUAUAUACGCUUUCAUCUUGAUUUUUGCAUGUUACAACUGUAUACAUAUACCUACUUUCUCUAUAAUUAGAACCAAUAAACUUUGAUUAGGAAAGUGUAUUGAGAUUAACAUUUCCAUAAUUCUGUCAAUUUGCCAAAAAUUGGUUUAGAUGAUCGACGACUUUUUGGACAGUGUCGUGCAGUGUUCAUAGCGGUGCAUUUGAGUAAAUGCCCCUAUUCUGUUUCGUCUAGUGGAGUCGCAGGCGAGGCCGGUACAGCGUUGCCGGUCGUGCAGCGCGCCGGUUGUCUCCACUCCAGUCCGCCUCCAACCAUCGCCACGCAACCACGCCACGCCGCUGGCGUGAGAACUUUUCAACAAGAUAUCUGUGCAUAUCUAGUGACAGUGAGAGUGUGUGAACAGGAAUUUUAAGGACUAGGUAUUCGAACAGCGACCCAACAACGAAACGAUUUUAUUUCAAACAAUUGCACGAGUUUACCGGAGUGCAUGAAGUGGGAUGUCGAGUUUGCUCGCUUUAAUUUCGAGGUGUAGCUGAGUUCAAACCACAAUGGCGGAGCUACACGUAACUGUCUACGUCUUGGCCGUAUCUCUGUUGGCAGCUCCAAUUCUCUCUGCGAUCUGUCCUGACGGCUGCGUCUGCAACACGACCCGAGAUGGCCUCCAUCGGGCCACCUGCAGCAACCUCCUCGAGCUGUACAAGUUCACUCUUCGGCAAAAACAUCACAACAUCAACAUACUGGACUUGUCACACAACAACAUUACCAAACUCACACACGAGCUGGACCGCCUAACAGAAGUUGUCACUUUAGAUUUGUCCACAAAUGGUAUCACAAACUUGAAUAAAUUCUUGCACAAUGCUAGAAAACUGGUGCAUUUAAAUCUGGCAAACAACAGGAUAAAGACGCUAUCGUUAACUCAGUUACCGAAUAGUGUUAGCUCCCUAGAUUUAACAAAUAACUUAUUGCAAGACGUUCCAUCCGACUUAGGACAUUUAACAGGGUUAGAACAUUUAGAGCUCGAAGGUAACCCUUUGCACUGCUCAUGCGAAAAUAUUAUGGCAAGAGAUCGUUUGAUAACAUCAAAUGUGUAUAUCGACAAAGUACAAUGUUCUUCCCCGGAGAAAUUGAAGGGACGGUCCUGGCUAGAAUUAAAAACUAAAGACUUAUGCAAAAUACCAAAAGUUGAAACUAACUAUUUAGAUAUGAUGAUGGGAGAUCAACCCCUAGAUGCGGUAAAGAUUGGUGAAGAUACGACUGCUUUGAAAUCGAUGCCAUUGGUAGCCAAAAGCGACUUAGAUGAUGGUAACGUUAUACACAAUGAUGGAACUGCUGAGGACGAUGAUAGCCUUGUAUUCAUGAAAGUCGGACAUGCUACGCCUUCUCCUGAAAAACAAAUCGAAGGGUCUGGAGAUGAUGAAAGUUCCACAAAUUCCGAAUUUAUCGUCUCUAAACGCGAACACCAGUUGCAUUCAAGUGUCCUUGUAAAUGAGGAUAUGAUUUCGGCUCAGAAUGUACAUACAACUGAAGAUCCUAUUUAUGGAUCAGGUGAUGGAUCAGGAUCUGGUGAUGGAAUUAUUUUACUAGAAGAUGAUGUAAUAGAAGAAACUACAGAAACAACAUCUACCUUCAUUCCACUAUUAAGUCCAGGUCCAGUUACAAGAAUAUUUGAAGAUACUUUUGAUAAUACAACUGAAUUUCCAAUUCCACUAGCGCCUUCUGUUUACGAAGGCGGUCCCAAUUGGCAUAAUAAACCUGAUGUUACAACCGUGUCUACGGAAUCACCAAUUAGUACUCAAGUCAUGAGAGACACUACUGUGUCUGAACAUAUAAGAGUGACUCAAGCUCCUGAAAACCAUGGAGUUGCACCUGUCACUUCAAAUGAAAUACAGCCUCAUAAAACUGGUACAUAUGUAUGCAUUGCAAUUAUAGUUAUAAUUUUAGUGGGACUCAUUGGCUUUGCUAUUAUAAAAGGCCAAAUGAGGAAACGAAGAGAUAGGAGGCUACUGAGACAACAAAGGCGUGACGUAGAAAAUGCGUCAAAGGAAAUGGUUGAUAUGAAUAAAUCAUUAUUAGGUAAACCUGCAGUUCUUGAGUCGUCAAUCGAGAAAAAAGUUAAUGGAAAAUAUGAAUUAGUGCCAACACAUGAGGUAAUACAAAAGAAAGGAGAAAACGGAGACGUAGGUAACGGCGUUAAAUAUAAUGAUACUAACGGAAUCCGAACAGAUAGUCCGCGAGAUUCUAACCAAAACAAAAGUAGCUCAAAGGAUAAUAAUUUAACAGAAGAUAAUCAGUUACCAAAAGAAACGUCGUUCGAAUCAGAUCUUACAUCACCUGAUUCUAGAAAAGACACAAACUCUUUAUCAAGCGAGGAUAUUUUUGUGCCAAUACAUGAUGAUGAAGAAGUGCCUAGAUUAAAUGGUAAUGCUGAUUCAGAUAUUUCUCAACCUUUACUGAAUGGUGAUCAAAACACAGAUUCCGAUUUCUUAUCACCAUCGCGCGAGUACGUACCAGUGUACUCACCUGAUAUGGGAAGGGUCCGGAUAAAGAUGACAGAAACACCCAAACCGAAAACGCCAGUACUAGUCACAAGAAGUAGGUCAAAUGCUGGAGAUAUAAUCGUAACUCCUUCUGGAGAUGGCAAUGCACGCAAGUCAACCACUUGAGACUCAGUUGUAUCAAAAGGGACUUUAGCACUUACGUUAGUGUAAACAGUGUCAGUCAACAAACACUUCACUCUUGGCGAAAUUCUGUGAUUCAUAUGUGCGUUUUUUGCAUACUCGUUAUCAGAGUCUACGAUGGUUGGACUGAAAUUAAUUGGUUUGUGUGUUAAGUCGUAAAGAAACUUUGCUGCCAAAGUGUGUUUGUAGUCGACAGUGCCUUUAACUUGUUAGUGGUAUAAAUAUUUAUGAGAGUAUAUUCUGCAGUAAGUGAAAAUAUUUUUAUACGUGUAAAGAUGUUGCCAUGUUCAAAAUAGUAAUUAACUUUAUGUUUCAAUAAUUAUUUAAUUUUAUAUGUAUCGUAGUUUUCUACGUAACGACCAACGCAUUCUUGAACAUUAUUAUAAACAAUCAUUUUUAUCAUUAUGAAUGUUUCUAUAAUUUCGGAAUUUUUCUAAAAUGUUAAUGGUUGUGUACUUACUACCCUGAGUAUAGAUAAUAUAGGAGAAGUCUAUCUACCGGCUAUGUUUAUUUUCUUAUACUUUCCUAUAGAGAUUCACAUUUUAUGGUCUGGCUAAGCUUAAGUUCCUCUGAAGUAAUUUUUAUGAUUUAGUAUUUAAGAAUGUGAUACCAUUUAUUUUAAGUAUAAUUCAUGCUAUUCCAUAUUAUGUAUGUAUAUAAAAAAUUAAAUUCAAAUUUUCCUUCGUGUAUAGUUUAGAAUUACCUACGUUAUUUUUGAAGUUGUUUUAUUUCAUAAUUUAAGUGCUUUUUCAUCUUAUAAGUUACUAUGCUUAAGUUCUAUUUAAUAAAUGCUUAAGUUUCAACGAUUUAAGGAUAGUAACGUGGAUCGGAAUCUUUGAAAUAGAAACGAACAAAUUAAGGAACAAUAAAUAGCUCAAUAAGAGAGGAUUUAUGAAGUGAUGUAUUUUUAUUUCCAAACUAUAUGAUAUAAAUGAUUGAUUCGA